CUCCUCGACACCAGGUACUACGCCUAUACCAACACCAACACCAACACCAACACCAACAGGUGCAGCGUAUCUGUCUGCGCCGCAAUCCACCCAUACAUCAUCAUCAUACCUUGCUUGACCAGUGCGCUCUCUCUCUCUCCCCCUCCUCUCUCGUUCUCCAUACCCAUCUCCGUACCCCAUAUUACCAACAAUACCCAUCCAUACCACGGACCAUAACCCGCCCGCAACAAGCACCACCACAUCCAUCCUUUACAGCAUCAUCAACUGGCUCGCGCUCCACAGCCCAAUUGCUUGUCCAUUUUACCCACCCUCGCCGUCUCUAAGCUUCUUAUCUCGUCUUCAUUAUUGUCUUGUUUCACUCUUGCAUGCAUAAUCUGUAAUCGAUCCCCCCGCCGCGCUACCGCUCGAAAUGGCUAAGAAGGCGCGCCAGAGGAUUAGCUAUGUCCUCGAGCUCCCGGCCGGUUCGCAAGGCGGCGGUCACAGACUAGGCGUCAAUGGCCUCGCCGUCGACAAAGAAAACGCCAUCCUUUACUCAGGAGCCCGCGAUGGCUACAUCUGUGCAUGGGACCUCAACCUCAACCUCCAGGGCGGCGGCAGCGCGCCCCCGCCUACGACCAAGACCAAGACCACCUUCCGCUCUCAGACCCAGGCUCACAUGGCCUGGAUCAACGAUAUAGUCCUCGCGAACAAUAACUCGGCCGUCGUCACUGCCUCGAACGACCUGACCGUCAAGGUCUGGCGCCCACACUCCGAGACGAACGACAUCGCUGCCACCAUCGGCGAGCACGCUGACUAUGUCAAAUGUGUUGCGACACCGCCUGGGGGCUCCGUCAACUGGGUCGCUUCCGGUGGCUUCGACCGCAAGAUAUACCUGUGGGACCUGAACGGAGGUGGGAAGACGCUCGAGAUCGACACCCAGGGAGACGAGAUCGCCGAGAAAGGCUCCAUCUACGCACUGAGCGUUGGCCACAACAUCAUGGCCAACGGAGGCCCCGAGUCCGUCGUGCGCCUCUGGGACCCGCGUUCCGGCAAAAGAGUCACCAAGUUUGUCGGCCACACGGACAAUGUUCGGGGCGUCUUGCUCAAUGAGGCUGGCGACAAAGUCUUGACCGCCAGCUCUGACCACACCAUCAAGCUCUGGAGCGUCACGGCUGGCCGUUGUAUGUACACGUUCACCAUGCACGACGACAGUGUCUGGUCGCUUUUCUCGGACGACCCCGAGCUGGGCACUUUCUACAGCAGUGACCGAUCCGGUUUCGUUGUCAAGACGGACGUGCGAGGAAGCCAGGAAGACAUGGACGAGGGAUUGUCGGUGGCUGUCGCCCACGAGUCUCACUCCAUCAGCAAGGUCGUGGCCGCCGGCGACUACAUUUGGACUGCGACCAACACCUCAUCCAUCAACCGCUGGUCCAACGUGGACACGGGUCCUAGCCUACAGCUCCCCGAGGCUUUCCGACGUCAGCGCGCCGCAUCCACGGCCUCGAAGUCUAGGCAGCCGUCGAACCCAGCCCCCGCGAACUCGCCAAAGAAGGAAAUCUCGCCCACAUCCAUCUUGAGAAUCUCCAACACGGCAACAUUUCCCAUCCAGACCAAUGCCAGUUCGGAAUCCCCCCCUGCUGCCGGAAACCACGGUCCGCAAGGGACCGAGCCUAUCAACCAAAACCCGGAGGAGACGAUUGAGGGCCAGUUUGGCCUGGUCAAGCACAGGCUCUUGAAUGAUAGGAGGAGAGUUCUGACGCUAGACACGGCCGGCGAUGUUCUCAUGUGGGAUCUUAUCAAGUGCCAACCGAUCCAAAAGUUUGCCAAGAGGCACCUUGAGGAUGUUGAGCCAGAAGUGAACACCAUCGAGGCAGUCGCCCCUUGGUGCUCCAUUGAUAUCAGCUCCGGAAGUUUGACUGUAGUCCUGGAGCCGUUCAACUGUUUCGAUGCCGAGAUGUACGCAGACGAUCUCGAGUUGGAAGAGCCAGUAGAGUUUCGCGAAGACCAGAGAAUCAACCUCGGGAAAUGGGUCCUCCGCUAUCUGUUUGCCGGCUUGAUCGACGAAGAAAUUAAGAGGGAUGAGGCGUAUCGUCAGACGCUCAACGAGUCGGUGGAACGGAGGUUGGCGGCGAGCCGCUCGAACCCUCCAGUUGCGAUAAGUAUACCCCAAGGCGGCGUCGUGGACGACGACUCGGUAACAACCCCUCGCGCCAACGGUUCCCACUUCCCCUCGACGCCCGGUAUGGCCAUCGGGCUGGCAACUCCGGGCCUUGGCAAGCUUCAUGACGUUCCGGAAGGGGUGGCUACGCCAUCCAGCCCGCUCGACAACAAGUCGUCUCAGUUCAGCCGGCCUUCGAGCGAGAAGGAAGACUACUUCACCAGCGCCAUCGGGCCUAUCGAGGGUGCUUCGAAACCUACAGCUGCGCCGGCGACACCCGCCGAGCAGACGUCCACUGCCGACUCCAAGCCUAAUGGGGACACGGGAAAAGACAAGGAAAAGGAGAAAGAUAAGGAUGCCACCAACGGAAAGUCGCCUAGCACGCCUUUUGGUAAGAAGUUCCGCAUGGGCAUGGGCAUGUCUUUUGGUAGCAAGAAGAUCGGAAGAUCUGCCUCGACGACGGCUCCGGAGAAGCCUGCCGUGGUGGACGAGAAGGCAGAGGAGUCCGAAGCGUCGUCGACGCACGAGAAGGAGGUAGAUGACAGUUUCUUGGGCGCCAUCCAGAAGAUCCGCAAUGACUACGACAAGUCCCUGACGGAUAACCCCGACAAGCUCAUCGAAACCAAGGUCACCCCGAGCUUGGCAAACGAUACGCCUGUGCUCAAGUUACCACCCGGCACGAAGGUGGUUCUCCAGGAAGAGACGACUGGCGGCAGUGCCAACAUCUAUCAAGGCACCGUGGAGACGGUUGGUCAGGGUGCGGAUAUUAUUGAACAGCGCGGUCCCAUGUGGCUGGGCGAAGUUCUGCUCCAAAACCAGAUCCCCUUGAAGGAACCUGUCAAGGUCUCGUUCGUGCUUCAGCCGUGGCAGAACAGCCUGCCCGACAUUGCCACAACAGACGGCAACAACCGUCUCAAUGCCAAUAGGAUGUUGCGCGUUAAGAAGAUACUGGCAUACGUGGCCGAGAGAAUCGACCCCCAGCCCGAAAAUCCGGAGCCAGGUGCGCUCCUACCUCACGAGUACUUGGAACUGUACUGUAACGAUAUGCUCCUACCAAUCACCAUGACCCUUGCAACGCUGCGAGCCCACGUAUGGAAGGGCGGCAACGACGUCCAGCUUCACUACAAGGCAAAUGGCCGCAAGGAGAUUCCAAAGCCGCCGAGCCCGGUCCCCGAGCAGUCUCCGGCUGCGGAAUCUGAGACGGCGCCUUCGCAAGGCACCGCGACGCCUCCCCAAGCAGCUGCAUAGUCCCGGCUGUCUAGGUGGCUGCGGCGACAAAGGUCACGUGUGCGCGCGCGUCGCUCUCGUGCGGGCCAGUUCAAUGUCAUUCGUGUGGUCAACGUCACAGGCCAACAAGACCAACAAGAACAACGGCACGGACAUGGACAUGGACAUGGACACCAGAGCCCCGUGCAACAGGCUUCGUCGCAGAAUACUGUGCCGACUGGUUCGACUUCAGGGCCUCGGGCCUCGCGAUAGUCUCGAAUGGCCAACAGGAUGCGGCCAACCAGGGAAUACCGUUGGGCCAACGGUCAGGUGGUGUCUGCGAAAUACUCGUGGACAUUUGGAUCGCGUUCGUUGACGGUGGCCAAGAUCAACGAGUGAGGCGGCCUACAUAGAUUCUAUCAGUACGGGUAUUAUGGCGUUUUCAGUAAUGUACAUAGCGGGAAAAGUUGUUGUCAAGCGCAGCCAAUCUACCUGGCUGGAUGCUUGAGCGUGUUUAUACAGCGAAGGGGUAGAUGAGGGCACCCCCCAAUACAGAUUUAUUUUUUUUCCCCUUCCCACGCCGCCGUUUGCCCUUGGUUCGGGUCAUUGCACAUCUUGCUUCUUGGCAAGUGCACGGGUGUCCACCCAUUUUCCCUCCGAUCCUUCUUAACGUUUUCGUGC